GCCCCCCGGGCCCUGGGGGCCUAGCGCGCGACGGUGGGGUGGAGCUAGCCUCGUGACCUUUUACCCCAGCAUGGCUGCCCCCGCGGGACUGGUGAAGUUCUGGCGACCCGGUACAGAGGGGCCAGGUGUAAGCAUCUCUGAAGAGAGACAAAGUCUGGCUGAAAACUCUGGGACAACGGUUGUUUACAACCCUUAUGCUGCCCUUUCCAUUGAGCAGCAGAGGCAGAAGCUGCCGGUAUUCAAGCUUAGGAAUCAUAUUUUAUACUUGAUAGAAAAUUAUCAGACAGUGGUGAUUGUUGGUGAAACGGGAUGUGGGAAGAGCACACAGAUUCCUCAGUACCUUGCAGAAGCUGGCUGGACAGCUGAAGGAAGAGUGGUAGGAGUGACCCAGCCUCGAAGAGUGGCUGCUGUUACAGUUGCAGGGAGAGUAGCUGAAGAAAGGGGUGCAGUGCUGGGCCACGAGGUGGGCUACUGCAUCCGCUUUGAUGACUGCACCGACCAGCUGGCCACGAGAAUUAAGUUUCUUACUGAUGGAAUGCUGGUCAGGGAAAUGAUGGUUGAUCCAUUGUUAACAAAAUAUAGUGUCAUCAUGCUGGAUGAAGCCCACGAGAGGACCUUGUACACUGACAUUGCCAUUGGCUUGCUAAAAAAGAUUCAGAAAAAGCGAGGGGAUCUUCGACUGAUCGUGGCUUCAGCCACUCUGGAUGCAGACAAAUUCCGGGAUUUCUUUAAUCAAAAUGAAACCAGUGAUCCAGCAAGGGAUACAUGUGUGAUCCUUACAGUGGAAGGGCGAACAUUUCCGGUGGAUAUCUUUUAUCUACAAAGUCCUGUUCCAGAUUAUAUCAAAUCAACUGUGGAAACUGUGGUGAAAAUUCACCAGACAGAGGGAGACGGAGACAUUUUAGCAUUUCUUACUGGCCAGGAAGAGGUAGAAACUGUUGUGUCAAUGCUCAUCGAGCAGGCUCGAGCACUAGCUCGCACUGGGAUGAAGAGACACCUCCGAGUUCUCCCCAUGUAUGCAGGACUGCCUUCCUUUGAGCAAAUGAAAGUGUUUGAAAGGGUGUCACGCAAUGUCAGAAAGGUGAUAGUGGCCACCAAUGUGGCAGAAACCUCUAUCACAAUCAGUGGCGUUGUGUAUGUGAUCGACUGUGGCUUUGUGAAACUCCGAGCUUACAAUCCCAGGACAGCUAUUGAAUGCUUGGUGGUGGUGCCAGUCUCCCAGGCAUCAGCUAACCAGCGAGCAGGACGUGGUGGUCGUAGUCGCUCGGGAAAAUGUUAUCGCCUUUAUACAGAGGAAGCCUUUGACAAGUUGCCUCAGUCUACGGUUCCUGAGAUGCAGCGUAGUAAUUUGGCACCUGUCAUCCUGCAGCUGAAAGCACUAGGAAUUGACAAUGUCCUCAGGUUCCACUUCAUGUCGCCCCCUCCAGCACAGUCGAUGGUUCAAGCCUUGGAGUUACUGUAUGCUCUGGGAGGUCUGGACAAAGACUGUCGCCUGACUGAACCACUUGGCAUGAGAAUUGCAGAGUUUCCUUUGAAUCCCAUGUUUGCCAAAAUGCUGCUUGAAUCAGGAAACUUCGGCUGUUCUCAGGAAAUUCUAAGCAUCGCUGCCAUGAUGCAGAUCCAGAAUAUCUUUGUGGUCCCCCCAAACCAGAAGUCUCAGGCAAUUCGAGUGCACCGUAAAUUUGCUGUGGAGGAGGGCGACCACCUCACUAUGCUCAACGUAUAUGAAGCAUUUAUCAAACACAAUAAGAACUCUCAAUGGUGUCAGGAACAUUUCCUGAAUUACAAGGGUCUUGUCAGAGCUGCGACUGUAAGAGAACAAUUGAAAAAGCUUCUUGUCAAGUUUCAAGUGCCCAAGAAGUCUAGUGAAGGUGACCCGGAUCCGGUUCUGAGGUGCAUUGUCUCCGGCUUCUUCGCCAAUGCAGCGAGGUUUCAUUCUACUGGAGCUUAUAGGACCAUCCGUGAUGACCAUGAGCUGCACAUACACCCUGCAUCAGUCCUCUAUGCAGAGAAGCCGCCUCGCUGGGUUAUCUAUAACGAAGUUAUACAAACCUCCAAGUAUUACAUGAGAGAUGUGACUGCCAUUGAAUCGGCCUGGCUGUUGGAGCUGGCUCCACACUUUUAUCAACAAGGAACGGAAGAAAAGCUCACUCAACAAGCACUCUUCUGCAUCUUACCUCUCGAACCUCAAAGCCAGGAACAUCCCAACUUUCCUCGUCUAUGCUGCUCCACAUCGCUCCUUCUGCCAGGGGUCUUGAGUCUGUGGAAACCCUGGCCGAGGUGUACCCAGCUCGAGUGCAGGGGGGUGCGUAGCAGCAGCCUGGCAUGUCAUCGUGAGACAAGGGAGACAACCUGAGUAUCCAUCAAUGGGGGACCAAGUGAAUAAAUGAUGGCGGAGCCACACAAUGCCAUGCUGUGCAGCGGGAUGAACAAUGCGCCCUGCUCCGUGUAUGUGCUGACGUGGAAGAUGCCCACGAUGUAUUGUGCAGGGAGCAGAAUAAUGUGUGUGGUAGCAUCUUGUUUGUGUAAAAAGGCCUAUAUAUAUGGAAUGGGUAUGAAUUUACUGGACAUUUGAGGUAAAGGAAAUGCGACCUCCCUCUCGGCUCCCUCCCUUUUUUCUCUUUACCAGAUAAGGAUUUAUAUUUGCUUUCCUUACUUCUUUUUCCUCUUUCCACAGCUGUGAUUUUCUAGUCUACGUGUCUACUGUGCCUGAUAGUUAUUUUCAUCUUUUUUUUUUGGAGGGGGCCUGAUUCUCUGUGUUGCCCAGGCUGGAGUGCAGUGGCAUGAUCUCUGUUCACUGCAACCUCCGCCUCCUGGGUUCAAGCGAUUCUCCUGCCUCAGCCUCCCAAGUAGCUGGGAUUACAGACGGCUGCCACCAUACCCAGCUAAUUUUUGUAUUUUUAGUAGAGACGAGGCUUCACCAAGUUGGUCAGGCUGGUCUUGAACUCCUGACCUCAGGAGAUCCACCCACCUCAGCCUCCCAAAGCCCUGGGAUUACAGGCAUGAGCCACUGCACCCAGCCUUCAUCUAUUUUUAACAUGUAAAAAAUUUUGAGAGAUAACUAAUAUACAGAAAAGUGCAUAAAACAGAGAUGUCUAGUUCAAACUUACAAAGUAAACACCCACGUAUCUACCACCCAGGCCUAGACAUUGAACAGUGCUAAGCCCCCUCGUGUGCCCUCCCCAAUUAACUCCCUCAAGAGGUAACUGUUCUUCAUUUAUAGUAACAAUCAUUGCUUUUAAAAACUCAUUUUAUUACGCCUGUAAUCCCAGCACUUUGGGAGGCCGAGGAGGGCGGAUCAUGAGGUCAGGAGAUCGAGACCAUCCUUACUAACACGGUGAAACCCCGUCUCCACUAAAAAAUACAAAAAUUAGCCAGGCGUGGUGGCAGGAGCCUGUAUUCCCAGCUACUCGGGAGGCUGAGGCGGGAGAAUGGCGUGAACCUGGGAGGCGGAGCUUGCAGUGAACUGAGAUGGCGCCACUGCAUUUCAGCCUGGGCAACAGAACGAGACUCCAUCUCAAAAAAAAAAAAAUCGUUUUAUUUUGAAUAAUUUUAGAUUGAUAGAAGAGUUGCAAAAAUAAAACAGAGAAUUUCUGUAUGCCCUUUGUAUACUCACAUACCCUUCACUCGCCUUCCCCUAAUGGAAACAUCUUACAUAACCACAGCAUGUUUAUCAAAACUCAGAGAUUUUCACUGGUCCGACACUAUUUACUGAACUACAGACUUUAUGGAUGUCGCCAGUUUUCCUAUGAAUAUUCUCUUUCUGUUCCGGGAUCCACUCCAGGAUCCCAUAUUGGAUUUAGUUAUCAUUUCUCCUUAGUAUCUUCCAUCCAUGACUCUUUCUUAGUCUCUUCUUGUGUUUUCAUGACUUUGGCACUUAUAAAGAGUGCUUGUCAGAAAUUUAAGUAGAAAAGUAAAAAAAGCCAGGUAGAAUCCUUGCUUUUCUUUGUAAUUUUCCUCUCCUAAGUAUGUAUCCCUGAACAACAUAUUUGGGUUUGGACUGUUUUGAAUUUUAUCUAAGUGAACUAAUACACGCAUAUUCUUUUGUGCCUUACCUUUUUCAUUUAACAUUAUGUUUUCGGGGGAGCCAUUCA